AUGGCUGUUUUCGGACUGGGUGAAAAGAGAAAUCUGUCGUCGGCGGGCAACAACAAUGAUAGCGACGAAGUCGAUACCGGGAAGAAGGCCUCUUUCGGCGGCAAUGGAUACUACGACGGCUUCUCACCCUCUUCUCCAGAGGAGGGCGGUCGCAAGGCUGCGCCGCGCAAGAUGAGCAGAAUCGAUCAACCCAGGACCAAGUCCAUCUCGGGCACCCUCUCUGGGCGGGACGGUGUAGACGGCGAUGAGUCUGACCCUGACACCUCUGUUACGAAGCAGAUGGAGCAAGAGUCGGGCAACGAGAUCCAGUACCGCACGUGCAGCUGGCAGAAAACCGCGGCCUUGUUGUUCUCAGAGUACAUUUGCUUGGCUAUCAUGUCAUUCCCGUACUCGUACGCCAUCCUGGGUCUAGUGCCUGGCCUCAUCCUGACCGUUGUGGUCGCGGGCAUGGUGCUGUACACAUCUUUGAUCGUCUGGGAAUUCUGUCUCCGCCACCCUGAAGUCAAGGACGUUUGCGACGUCGGACAGGUGAUCUUCUUCGGCUCGAGAUGGGCUUGGUGGUUCACUGCGGUCAUGUUCCUGCUCAACAACACCUUCAUCCAGGGCUUCCACUGCUUGACGGGAUCGAAGUACCUAAACACCAUGAGCAAUGGCGGGCUCUGCACUGUCGGCUUCAGCGCCAUUGUCGCGGUCAUUUCUUGGAUCAGCUCCUUGCCGCGUACAUUCAACACUCUUUCGAAGCUCGCAGGCGCCUCGGCAUUCUUCACCUUUGUCUCGGUCCUGCUAGCUACAAUCUUCGCUGCCAUCGAAGACCACCCAGGCGCAGGUUGGCCCAAAUAUGGCGUGAAUCCCGAGGUCUUGGCCAUUCCAGCGAAGGGAACUACAUUCGUUGCUGGCAUGAACGCUUUCAUGAACAUCAGCUACACAUUCAUUGGUCAAAUCACGAUCCCGUCGUUUAUCGCUGAGAUGAAAGAGCCGCGCGAUUUCCCCAAGGCGCUCUGGGCUGUCACCAUUGCGGAAGUCAUUCUCUUUUCCCUGGUCGGCUCCAUCAUCUACGCAUACACCGGAACGAAUUACUACACUUCCCCGGCGUUUGGAUCUCUGGGCAACGAGGUCUACCUCAAGGUCAGCUUCAGCUUCAUGAUCCCGACCAUCAUCUUCCUGGGAGUGUUGUACGCCUCGGUCUCUGCGCGGUUCGUCUUUUUCCGCCUGUUCGCUGGAACUCGCCACAUGUCGAGCAACACUGUCGUCGGAUGGCUGGCAUGGGCUGGUAUCCUGGGCUGCACUUGGGUUCUAGCCUUCAUCAUUGCUGAGGUGAUUCCAUUCUUCUCGGAUCUUCUGUCGCUUAUGAGCUCGCUGUUCGAUAGUUUCUUCGGCUUCAUCUUCUGGGGCACAGCUUACCUGCGAAUGCGACGAGCAGACUACGGUCCAGACUUCUGGAAGACCAGGGGUUGGAAAGGAAUUGUCGGAGCAGUCGUCAACGUGAUCUUGAUCGCCAUCGGGCUCCUCUUCCUCAGCGCUGGAACGUACGCUUCGGUCGAGAGCAUCAUCCAAGGGUACGAGGCCAACAAUUUUGGUGGGCCGUUCACUUGUCAGAGCAAUGGAUUGUAA